AUGCCCAAUAGACGCCUGGAUCACAACCAAAUCAUCAACAUUCCAGCGGACGCAUUUGCCGAGCUGACUACGGUGUCGACCUUGAGUUUGAAUGACAAUCCCAUCACAACUUUGCCCCCUGGCCUGUUCAAAGGCUUGCAAAAUGAUCCAGACCUGUACUGGUCAUCUGUGGACGGCAACAGUCCUGUCCUGGCACCCAACAACUUUACCUUUGGCGGGAAUACUGCUGCUCCGCCCAGCAUGUAUGGCACCGCGACCGCGCCUUACAAGUGCGAUAAAGUAUGUGCCACUUGCUUUGACGUCGGCUCCGGCUCGUGCUGCGGAGCCAACUGUCUACAAUGCACUGUCGGCAAUCGUUGCACGGUGUGCUAUGACGGUUACGACAUGAAGAGCGGAUACUGCCUUGCAUCGGCGGCCACAAACUCGUCUCUCGCCUUGAUUGCCUCUGUUGCGUCCAGUGCUUCUGCCGUGUUCGCUGCCUCAGCGAGCUCCGCAUCGGUCGCCUCUCGGGCUUCGGCGACUUCUGCCAUCUCCGCGUCUGCUGCGUCCGUUGCCUCCACGAAAUCCGCGUCGGUCGCGUCACUUGCUUCAGCAACGUCUGCCAUCUCUGCCUCUGUUGCGUCUGCCUCCGCCGCCAGCGCUUCGUCGGCAUGGCAGACGUCUGCUGCUUCUGUCGCCUCAAGCUCUCCGCAGGGGGAUUCCGCUGCCUCGUCUCCAGUGGCGGCAAUCGCUGCCGCGGUUGCUUCGGUUGUGGGCGUUGGUUUGAUUGCGCUCGCCGUUUUCCUCGUCCGACGCCGUCGAUCGCAACGUCCAGUCAAGGACUCUUCCGAGCCCGUCUAUCACGAUACGGUAGAGAUGAACAAUUCUCUGCUUGCCAAGUCCGCAUCCAAAGACAGCGAUGCGCAUUAUACGGUUCUGCAGGCAAACCCCAUACAUCAGAAUCCCGAAGGUGCUUCGUACGAGCUUCCGCAGAAAAGCCCCGAACGUGAGGGCACAGAAGGCGACAGUCAUUAUGCAGCACCAGUGGCGCGCCCCGAGCGUCAGAACGCGGAAGGCGCUUUGCGGUACGAAAUGCCAGAAAAGUCUCCAAAUCACGAAGACCUGCAAGGACCUGCGCAGUAUGCCGUCCCCGAGACAAACCCUGAUCGUCCAAGCUCAGCAAACACUUCAAGAUAUGAAAUGCCCGAGCGCACAAGUCCAGAAGGCGUUUCGCGGUACGAAAUGCCCGAGCGCCAGGGCACAGAAGGUGCUUCUCGGUACGAGAUGCCAGAAAAGCCCCCCACCGGCGGCCAAAACAAGGAAGCCCAUGUCCAUUACGAAGAAAUGCAGAACGCGCAUGUGCGUGAGAACAAAGCCGACAUUCCAAGUUAUGAAGUGCCAGAAAAGUCCACGUCGGAACCUCUGUACCACGCCGUCUCGUCGACCUCCCCAGACGACAUCUACGACAAUGAAAACGUCUACAUGACAGGCAGCAACUCUCAUCGCAUUCGUGAAGGUCUGGCGAUUGUCAAGCAUUUGGCUAGCGGCAACUUUGGUGAUGUGUCGUUGGGCGAAGUGCCGUUCGCCGUUCUGCCGCCACGCGCCCAAAGCCUGCUUGGAUCUACAUCCUCUGAAAGGGUGCAAGUUGCAGUCAAGUCUCUCAAGUCCAACGCAGACGAGAAAUCCCGCAAGGACUUUGAAAGCGAGGCGAGACUCAUGGCGCCGUUUGUGCAUCCGAACGUUGUGCACUUGCUUGCGGCUCUCGUCGAGUCGGAGCCUCAUCUCGUCCUGAUUGAGUUUGUGCGAUACGGAGAUUUGCGAUCAUUGCUGGAAACAUCGAAAAACAAGUCGCUUUGGUGGUCUGAGAACGAGCAGGUUCAUGCCAUUCGUCAGAUUGCACUGGGCAUGGAGUAUCUUGGCACGCUCCACUUUGUGCACCGUGAUCUUGCCGCACGCAACUGCCUUGUGGGGCAAAACAUGGUCGUGAAGAUUGCCGACUUUGGUCUUUCUCGCGAGCUGGCGGACGAGAGCGAUUACUAUCGCAUGCAAACGCGUGGCAAGGUUCCUGCAAAGUGGAUGGCACCGGAAGCUCUCACGCAACGGAAGUUUUCUUCAAUGUCUGAUGUCUGGUCGUUCGGUGUGACUGCCUGGGAAUGCUGUAGUUACGGCGACAAGCCAUACGGCAAGAUUGAAGCGCGUGAUAUUUUGGCUCAUGUCGAAGCCGGUGGUCGACUGCCCAUGCCCGAAAAUUGCUCGCUUGGAUUCUACCAUUUGAUGCUGAGCUGCUGGAACAUGACACCAACUCUGCGCCCAAGCUUUUCUCAGCUCGUCGCAUCGCUGGCGGCGUUCCAGGAUGGCACUGCCAUUCGCGACAUUGGCGCUUUGCUCUGA